CGUCAGUCAUCCUUGAAACCACUCGGAGCCCGUCAAAAUGAAGAUUCUCUAUAUUGGAGUCCUACAGAAUGCCCAGCAGCCGGCGGUGGAGCUGUGUGCGGAGCGCGAGCUCAGCAGCUACUCGCGCUUCACCAGGGGUAGCAUCAGCGAGUUUAUGACCAUGUUCAGCAAGACGGUCGCCGAAAGAACGAAGCAAGGCCAGAGACAAGAUAUCCAAGAACAAGAUUUCACAUUCCACGUGUAUGCGCGGACCCAAGGCAUUGCCGGUGUCAUCAUCAGUGACAACGAAUAUCCCUCUCUUGCCGCCCAUCAGAUCCUCUCCAAGGUCCUCGAUGAGUUCCUCACCCUCAACCCCAACGCAGGCACCUCCACCCAGCCUGUCUCCUUCCCCUCCCUGAAGACAUACAUCUCGGCGUAUCAGGACCCACACCAGGUGGACAGUAUCAUGAAGAUUCAGAAGGAGCUGGACGAGACCAAGAUUGUUCUCCACAAGACGAUUGAGAGCGUCUUGGAGCGUGGAGAGAAGAUUGACGACCUGGUUAAUAAGAGUGAGGGUUUGUCCUCACAAUCGAAGAUGUUCUACACCUCUGCCAAAAAGCAGAAUAGCUGUUGCAUUCUUAUGUAAGAGAGAUCCUAUGGGAGCGGGGGAAAAACAUUUUUAAUAUCACUGUAAACCGCACUGGGAGAGUCUCUCCAUCCCCUGACUGCUUGAUUUCAACCUGUUCGAAGCGUUUUCUUUGUUUAUUGCAGCCAUCGUUGGCAUUCGCUUUUUUUU